CUCUCUCUCUCUUCCUUUGCCUUUGGAGAGGAAAGAUGAGCUGCAGUGGCUGCCGAAUCCUCCGCAGAGGCUGCAGUAACCAUUGCAUCCUAAGGCCGUGUUUGGAUUGGAUCCCAUCCCCGGAGGCGCAAGCCCACGCCACCCUCUUCGUCUCGAAAUUCUUCGGCCGGUCGUAUCUUUUGACCUUCAUCGCUUCCGUCCCCGUCUCCAAACGCUCCGCGCUCUUUCAGUCCCUCCUCUAUGACGCGUGCGGCCGCACGGUCAACCCGGUCAACGGGGUUGUGGGGCUGCUCACCACCGGCAACUGGCAUAUCUGCCAGGCGGCGGUGGAGGCAGUCCUGGCUGGAGAGGACCUGACGCCGAUUGGCUUCGGGAACCCACCUCCUGCAUGGCGCUCAGGCGCCGUGCAGGAUUGCUCUAGCCGAGUCGGAUGGGCGCCGGACCGCGCCGGGACGAUGGCGUCGGAGGCGGAGAGUGGGGUUGAUCAGGUUGGGGCUGAGGAAAUGCCAAAGCUGCUCAACCUUUUUGCUUAAGCAUGGGCUUUAUCUAAAGAAGAAGAAGAAGACUAAAUUGAU